GUAGUAGUGUCAAAAUGUAUCAUUUCCAUCAGUUUGUAUGUUGAUAGAUUCCACUACAGACACAUGGUGGCAUUCCUCCCCAUAUAUUUUUUUAUGGAAUUCAAUAUCAUACCAAGGUCUCUGUGUUGUUAUGGCGGUGUAACGUGAUGAAUUCGCGCAGAAAUUGAUGUGUUCUAAUCUAAUAAUACUCCGAACCUUGAUUUGAAUCUUUAUUAUUAUUAUUAAGGUUUCCUUGAUUCGCUUUUCUUAUUUUUUGGUGGAGUAUCUCCAGAUUCCAUCUGGCAAAGAAUGAUCAGAAUCUGCGAUAUGGGUUUUCAUUCUUUCCCAGAUUCUCUUCUUUGGUAUUGUGAUUAUUGAAUCUUUCUUGGGUAUGUUUGGCUGUUUCUGUUUUUUAUUUAAUUCUGUUUCAUUUGGGUUUGAUUUUGUAUUGAUCCUAGAUCAGAUGUUAUCUUCCACUACUUCAACUGGAUCAAGAUGAGAGGAGCCGGUGGUGCAUUGCCAACUGUUGAGGCCAGGCAUCGGUCGGCUGGACCGCCUGAUGAUAUGAACAAAAGAUCUCAAAGAAGUAAUGAUUUCAAAGACACUGACAAGACCAUCUACACUUCCAUCCAAGAUAGGAGCUCAAGUUGCAAACUUCGUUCUUUGAAGCUUGUCCUAGUUGUUAUUGUAUGUGGCACUUUCAUGACACUCCUCCACUCUCCAGGAGUGUAUGACAAUGAGCAUUUCUCACCUACUGGUUCGCGGUUAAGAUCCAUUGGAAUCGGGUGGACUUUUGCAGAUUCACGUUAUGCAUCACAUCUAGAAGUCAGCUGGGAUAGAAUUUCCAAAAUCGUUGAACAACUGGCGGGGAGCAAGAGUGGAGAGCUGCAAAUCGGCCUGUUAAAUUUCAACGAUGGUGAGAUCAACCAGUGGAAGCAGUCGAUGCCAGGUGCAAACUCCAUCGCUUUACAUUUAGAGCAUGCCCAGAAGAAUAUUACCUGGGAGGCUCUGUAUCCCGAAUGGAUUGAUGAGGAAGAAGAAGAGGAAGUCCCAGUUUGUCCAUCUCUACCUGAGCCUGAUGUCCCAGAGAAGUCGCAACUUGAUCUAAUCGCCGUCAAGCUUCCAUGCCGCAAGUUGGGAAACUGGUCAAGAGACGUGGCCCGGCUGCACCUUCAGCUCGCGGCUGCAAAGCUCGCAACUUCUGUAAAGGGCCAAGUGGUACAUGUGCUUAUUGUUACUGAUUGUUUCCCUAUCCCAAACCUCUUCACAUGCAAGGAACUCGUUCUUCGUGAAGGAAAUACCUGGCUGUAUAAGCCCAACUUAAGAGUGAUGCAGCAAAAGCUCUGGCUUCCCGUCGGGUCAUGCGAACUUGCCAUCCCACACAAGGCCAAAGAUCGGUCUUACGUGGGAAGUGUGCAUCGAGAAGCAUAUGCAACAAUACUACAUUCUGCAGACAUGUAUGUCUGUGGUGCGAUCGCUGCAGGUCAGAGCAUCCGCUUGGUGGGCUCCAAACGUGAUCUUGUCAUACUCGUUGAUGAAACCAUCAGUGAGUACCACCGUGGAGGCCUCGAGGCAGCUGGGUGGAAGAUCCGGACGAUCCAGAGGAUCCGAAACCCGAAGGCUGAGCGGGACGCCUACAAUGAGUGGAACUACAGCAAGUUCCGACUCUGGCAGCUGACGGACUAUGACAAGAUCAUCUUCAUCGAUGCAGACCUCCUCAUCUUGAGGAACAUUGACUUCCUAUUCGGGAUGCCAGAAAUAUCGGCCACCGGAAACAAUGCGACACUCUUCAACUCAGGUGUGAUGGUGAUCGAGCCAUCAAACUGUACAUUCCAGCUCCUGAUGGAGCACAUCAAUGAGAUAGAAUCCUACAAUGGCGGUGAUCAGGGGUACUUGAACGAGAUCUUCACAUGGUGGCGCCGCAUACCAAGACACAUGAACUUUUUGAAACAUUUCUGGAUAGGCGAUGAGGAGGAGAAGAAACAACAGAAGACCCGUUUGUUCGGAGCCAACCCGCCCGUUCUUUACGUUCUACACUAUCUGGGCAACAAGCCAUGGAUGUGUUACCGUGACUAUGAUUGCAAUUGGAAUGUGGAUUUCUUACAAGAGUUUGCGAGCGAUGUUGCCCAUGAGAAAUGGUGGAAAGUGCAUGAUACAAUGCCAUAUGGUCUGCAGAAGUUCUGUCUACUUGAGUCAAGGCAGAAGGCAGGACUUGAGUGGGACCGGAGGCAGGCUGAGAAAGCGAACUACACUGAUGGACAUUGGAGGAGGGAAAUCAAGGACGGACGCCUCAUAACCUGUAUUGAUGAGUACUGUCUUUGGGAGAGCAUGUUAUCACAUUGGGGAGAAACGAAUUGGACCGACGACGGGGUUACUGCAGUUCCUCGGACUCCUUCCAAGGUUCUUAAAGUUUCUCUUUCCGGCCUGUAGUUUGUAGUCUCUCUUUUCGUAGGAUCCUGAGUUUGUUAGGGGAUGCUAAUUCCUGAAGCUUAUCUUCAGGUGCCAAACAUAAGUGCUCCAUGCAUGCCAACAUGGCCCAUUUGUGCAGAAUUUCAUAGGGUCGUCCCGCAGUGAAUGUUUCUCGGCCCAAAAACCAGGUCAGUCCACUUACCAAGUGGGCCAUGCAUGUAUGAAGAAAUGGGAAGUGGGGAAAAUGACAACCAACUCACCUGAUGAGUGGCCUACUAUUAGGACAGGAUCCAUGCACUGAGAAGACCAUCUGAUGAACAUACUGGAUGUGGCACACAUGUACCAUGUAGGCAGGUAGGGCAAUUGUGUUCGGCACUCAAAAAUGGGGGAAAUGAAUUAUCAUUCCUCUGAGUUCGGUAUAAUUGGAGUUUAGACCUAUAUAGACGGAUACUACGAAAUGGGUGUUGUAUCUGUAGAGGCCAUGUUCAUGGUACAUACCUGCUGUUUCUGGUUCUGGGUA